CUCACAGUCUGGUAGUAUUCAGGAAGUUAUGACAAAUACGAUGUAUAUGUACAUCGUUUGGUGAAUGUUUAAAUAAAAUGGUGGAUUGUUUAUAUUUUACAAUAGGAAUCGCGUUGAUAGUUCCUUUUGUGGGCGCGGCGAAUUACACGUGUGAAGAUGGAUCAUUGAAUGGACUAAACUGUUCUACCGGUUGUUGCUCUCGCAACGUUUCAGCAGGCAUUUGGAAAUGUUGUAGCAGAUAUGAUGGCUAUAACCCCCCUGCUAGAGGUAGGAUUGUGUUCAUUGACAUAGGAAUCAGCAUCGGGAUUGUGGUCAUUUUAUCCGGCUCAAUCUGCUGUUGUAUAUGCUGUUUGAAGAAGUUACGUAGAAAACAAAGACACACAGAACAAACGGAAACAGCGUCUGUAUGUCAGCAACCUGACCGAGCCCAGCCUCUUCAGCCUCUUCAGGCCAUUUCAUGCACUGUCGUUAGAGACCACAUAGCGAUGCAGGAUCCACCACCUUAUGAACUAUUGGGAGCUAAUUGUUCUAGCGAGCCAUUACAAGUCGUUAAUAUGCAGUCGGUCAUUUACGAAAGAAACGGCAUAGGGAAGCCACCGCCUUAUGAAUUACGGAGAGAUAAUUAUUCUAACGAGCCAUCCCUUAGAACUUUUCGAACCGGAAACAUGGUCCAGAGCUCCACCCUCAGCAACCGCAUAGCGGAGCCACCGCCUUAUGAAUUAGGGAGAGAUAAUUAUUCUAACGAGCCAUCCCUUCAAACCGGAAACAUGGUCUCGGGCACUGCUCUAAGCAUCUGCAUGGCGGAGCCACCGCCUUAUUCAGAAGUGAUUGCAAAUUGUAAUUACCCUUGAUUCAUGCUGUUAGUUCCGAAACAUUAAUUUAAACAGAAUUAUAUUGACAAAAGAGAGGAGACUUAACUUGUGUUGCUUAAAGCCUGUCGAGUAAACGAAACGUCUUUCCUUAGUUGUCCUCGAACUUGUUACGCGAACAUCAAUAUCUAGAUAUAUUCUAUUCGAUUAUGUAAGCUUAUUUAUACUCGCACUCAAUCCUUCCCAUUUGGUGAGUUAAGAUUGUUAGUCAAUUUAGGUUUUAUGGAGCAUUGUGCACAUACAGUGUAACCCUGGUUAGAGCUACCCUGGUUCUUUAACGUGCACCAGUGUAUUGCACUGUUACACGGGGCUCCAAUUUAUUGUACCUCCCGGAAGACGAUUAGUAUUUUAGUGAUGCGACGGGGAAUCGAACCUGCGACCCCUGGAUUUAUAGUCAAGUGUGUUACCAAUAGACCACGGAUCCGCCACAUUCUAUUUGACCAACGCACGUGAUUAAUAAAUGACCGGAAGUACAUAUUAACAUGAGAUUCGAAUGUAAAAGUCGGUUACCGGGAUCGCUAGGAUAACUACCACUAAUAGUGAAAUGGUUGCAUUGUAUGCGAUGCAUGCUAUUGACGUUAUUUAUAAAUGAGUUGAAUGAUUAUAUAGAAAGAUGUGGGACACAUGAUGUUCAGCUGUCUCCGUCCGAUAUAGAAGUGUUCCUUAUUAUGUUUGCAGAUGAUGUUGCUCUAUUGUCGGAUACAGUUAUCGGUGUGCAAAGGCAGUUGAAUUCCCUUUAUUUAUUUUGUUCUGAUAAUAAAAUGCAAGUAAAUAUUAAUAAGGCAACAAAAUGGUAUUUAAAAGAGGUGGGCAGUUAUCUCGAAAUGAAAAGUGGAACUAUAAUAUGAAGCCAUAUAGGUAGUAUCAGGGUUUACAUAUGUGGGGAUAUAUUUUGAUGAGUAGUACAUUGUCAUUGUUUAAAAUGUCUGAGAGCACUGCUCUAAAGAAAGCUUUACAUUGCCUGCUUAAAGGCAUUGAUUCUUUUAUCUUUUGUUAACUCUAGUGUGUUUUUUAAAAUGUUUGAUACAAAAAUACCACCGAUUAUGCUAUAUGGUGCUGAACUUUGGGGCAUGACCCCAAUGAAUGUUAUUAAAAAUAUGCACGUGUAUGCUUGUAAAAGGUUUUGAAUAUAUCAUUUAAAGCAUGCAAUGAUGCGCUUUUGGGUGAUCUAGGGAGUUUUCUUUUACAUAUUCAUGCUUCUAAACGACGUCUAAAAUAUUGGUUUAAAAUUUUAAAACUUCCUCAUGAUAGAUAUGUAAAAUUGUGUUAUAAUAUGAUGAAAUUGUAUGAUAGUUUAGGUUAUGAAAACUGGGUUACUAUUUUACGCAUGAAUUUGCAUAAAAAUGGUUUUGGUUAUAUUUGGGAAGACCAGUAUGUUGAAAACGAAUGUGUUUUUCUUAAUGAGUAUGUUACUAGAAAAAGGGAUCAGCAUCUUCAAACAUCUUCAAACAUGGAGUCAUAAGUGUGCAGAAAACAUGAAACUUAAUAAUUUUUAUGUGCAUGUAAAAUCGUGCUUAAGUGUAAAUAAAUAUGUGAACUGUA